AGAGAAUCCGAGCAGUACAGUACAUAGGAAAUGACUCAUAGGAGUUGAACUGUUAGCGUGGGUGUGUGCGCUGUUAAAACAAGGCGCAGACUCCUCCGGGUGACUCACUCUGAUGCUCGCUUUUCCAUGCUCCAAACCCCAGCACGGAUUGUUAAUCAGAUGAACUUUCGGGAAUCGUGUAGCCGACAGCGAGCAGCUUUUCUCCCGCACUCAUCAUGGCUAAAAACGCUCUCUGCGCGCUCUGCGGACUUAUUAUAGCGGCUUUGACCAAUUUCUACGGCGUGAGCGCACAGAAAAGUCAGUGUGGAAGUUCGGAGUUUUGGAACACAGAUUUGGACGUUUGUGUGUCCUGUUCGUCAUGCAAGCAGUACCCAAAGACCCCGUCAUGCAACACAUGUAAAUCUGUGGAUGAGACACCUGAUGUGUGGAAACUUGCAGCCAUCACCAGUUUCUCAGUGCUGGCAGUUGUGCUGGUUGGUGCUGCGUUGAUAAUCGGGGUCAUGGUGCAUCGACGCAAGUCACACAAACGACCUCUACGUGAACCCAUUGAAGAAACAGCAGGGCCACUUUAUCAGGCUUAAACGCUUCACCUCAUCUUCCUCUGAAAACAGAUGUGACAGAACCCAGAAGUGACUGGUUCAGAGCCGGACCGAGGAACCUCUGGACCAUGUACUGUGUACUCUGACUGCGGAGUAUCUCCUCACCAGAACCAGACCAUUUUUAUUUAUUAGACUGUCGAGUUUAGGAUAGAGGCUCCAACGGGACUUACAACGAGCAACUCUCACACCUCUGUAGGAGUAGUUUCAGCAUCAUAUCAGUGGUAUCAUUCUCAGAUUAUGUGUGCCUUAAUAUUCAACUUAGAUGAGACUUUUUGAUUCAGAAAACCUUUACAGGGUUUAAAAUUCAAAAACUAGAUAAAACUAGAGUCUUCUCUUCAGAGGGAUGGCUGUUUUCCAGCAGGACUCCGGUGAAUGUAACACAGCUACUGCUGCCUGCUGGGCUGCAGUUUGACCUCCUGCUAUUCGGCAGGGUUAGAUGGGGUCUUUGCCAGUCACUUACAACAACAGUGUCUUAAAGAUAAAUCACAUGUGAUUAAAACAUACUGUUAGGCACAUUAAGGCCAUUUGAAUGUAGCUAUCUUCACAGAAAUGUAUUCUAGCCUUAUGCCCUGCCAGUACCUCCGUGUACCUGUUGUUUUUGUAGCCUUAAACAGUGAAAAAGCUGGAGUGAACUGUACUCAUCCACUGUUACUGCCUCCUCAGACCAACGUUGACCUUUUGUCAUUACAUUAUUGUCUUGUAUGUUUUAGUUUGAUGACGCUAUCUGACAUGUCAGCGUGUUUUCUCUCUCUAUAACAUUUCCAGAUAUCAUACAUUUUCUGUCCACAGAGAGUUUGAAGGACAGGAUGUUUGAAACACUAGACACACGUUCCUAAACUCCUAACAUGUGGGAAUGCUGUGAGGAAUGUACUGCAGUGAAGGAAAUGACACCUACAGAGUUUUAGGUGGAGUCGUACAGUCAUGAUGUUUGCUGACUUUGGAGUCAUUUCAGAUCUGCAACAAGGCAAAAAGAUAAAUGUUUGGCUUUCUUUUAUUUUGUAGCCACACCAAACAGAGUGAAAUGGAGGCUUGGGUUUUGGAUUUUUGAACCUCUUUUUGUUCUUUCUUAUGUUCAACACAUGCUGCAGUAUGUGAUUCCUCACAUAUUGUGUGUGACAAUGUUUCAGGUCAUAUUCUGGAUCUGUCUGCUUGUGGGUGAACUUGCCCUCCAGCAGCAAAAUCACUUCAAAUACUUCCUCUUUCAUGUUUUUUUUUUUUUCUGUAGAUGUUAAUAGUAUUUAUUUUAAGGUAUCUUGCAGAGUUGUGCUGCAUCAUCUGCAAGUGACAAGCACACUUUUUAAGGGACUCCAGUGAAGAUUUGUGUUAAACUUCCACCAGGCCAGCCAACGAUGUUACUGAGCAAUAACUAACAUUUUCUGCUUCUUUCUCUUGCUUCCUUUUACUAAUUGUAAAUACUGUACAUGCACUGGCUUCUUUUAUUUUCUUACUGCAAUUGUAUGACUUUCUUUAUGUACCAAAUGUAUUUUCCCAAUAAAACUGACAACUUCCAAUGAAAAUGUGAGUUUUAUGUAAAUGGAAAGUAGUCAUUUUUACUAUGUUAGCACUAGGGCUGUGUAGUUUAUCGCAAUUUUAUCACUUCUAGGAUACGAGUGUCA